GCUUCAAUAGUAUUUCUUUUUGAAAUGUAUGUUUUCCCCUGUUGCUUUAUUUUAAUAGGCCAAAAGUUACUCAAUAAUCCACCAAUAUUCCAAUUGUCCAGAACACCAAAUAGCCAAUAUUAGAAGAAUUUGCUCAAUCCCGAACUGUUCCUCAGAAUCCACAAUUUUUUUAGUUCUCAAAAUCUGCCCAUUUACUCCCUGUGAGUUAUCCAAAUUUGUAAAAAAUGGAAGUUUUCUUCUUUUGCCUCAUAAGAUGUUCUAUCAAACAAUAUUUAUAAUCCAGAAUGGCCCACUAAAUUUCCCGAUGUCUCAUUAAACCACCAUUUGACCAAGUCAAAUGUUCAGUUUUGAGGACAAUUCCUAUUGUUUAUAAUCCGCACUACUUUGAAGAGCUUCAAAAGGCUCACCAGUUACUCCCAAACAACCAGAAAGCAAAUAGACAUAAAAUGAAAAACAAAAAGACAGUCUCUCAGGUGUUGUUUGCUUUCACUUUGUUUCCCUUCUUAUCAAUUCUGGCUUCCCAUCAAGGCCUUUUUCAACCAUGUAGUAGUAUAGUAUCUUUAUUCACUAGUAGGUGGCAUCCACGCUCUAAGUUCCAGCAUUAAAAAGAAGCAGAAGAUACAACAGCUGUUUGUCAAAUGAUCAAAAGGUCCAUUUUUAAAAUACAAUCUCUUCCAGUAGUCACAUAUUAUCAGCAAAUUAAAAUCAUUUUUCACAGUAGUACAAGUUCCAGUCCGGUCUUUCUAUAUUUUAAAACUUCAUUGUCUUCCAUUUAAAUUUCAUUUCUCUUUUGGGUCUAUAAUCUCCAUGUGCUAACUCGCACCUUUCCCAGUGCUUUGGAGAGUCUUUCAAAAAUUCUUUUUUACUUGGGGUUGAAUUUCUAAUACAGUAGUUUAAAAUCGUUUCAUCCAGUUCCAAUGCUCUGUUCACAAACUGCUCCAGCUCAUUAGUAUUUCUUCUUUGGUUGUCCAGCUUCGGUGCGGCCUUAAUAGCUGUCUCUCUUCUUCGUUGGUUGGGAGGGUGCCUUGGAUCAAGUGGCAGAGCGUGAUCAGCAGGGUGUCCCUCCUUUCUUUGUCACCCCUGUGGGGUGACUUUAGCCCGUUACGGCCUCCUAAUGAAGAAGGAUUGGCCGGGAUUUGCGGAGCCACACUACUCACAAUUGUCUUGCUGUGACACCAAAUCGGAUGUCUAACAGAAUUGUUAGCCGGCUAGAUAAUAAUUGGAAAAUAUUUUCAAUGCUGGGAGAAUGCUACAUGAAGAGAAUGCAGCGCAAUGGGAAAAGUCACUGGUCUAUUCUUCAAAAACUGUUGGUCUCUGAUUUUUAUUAAGGCAAGUCAUUCAACUUCAAGCUCAGAAAUAGGGCAUAAUGGAUUGCAACAUGAGCCAGAGAAACAAGGGCAAUUUCAUUCUAUUAGAUUGAAGUUGCUAACCCAAAGCUUAAAAAAAAAACCUUCGUGUGGCAUUACUGGCCUCUCUCAGCAAAACAUGCAUAUUUCCGCCCUUCACCUCCACUUUAUUAUAAAAGUGCCCCUUUCAAAAUUCGUGUGUAUAAGGGCAUGAACGCAGGCCCGCGUCACUUUUUCAGUCCAACUCUUUUCUCGCCUUAAGUGAGGGCAAACAGCGCAGGGCUGAGGGGAUCUCCCCGCCUUAUGAAGAAGUACACAGCAGUAACCUUUGUUGCGUUUAAAGGCCAAUGCGCUGCGAGCGGAUGCCUCUCCGGAUACCACGUCCGUCCUGACCCCAGGAACUUCUCCGAGCCCUUUUACCUCGCCCCCGCCUCCUCCUUUCGUGAGGGGCAUGGCGAGGAGGUCGAAGGAAAAGGAGCGCUAGUCGACAAUCACGGCGCCAAGGAAACGCACUCCGACAACUGGGUCUGUCGGGCGGCGCCUGGUUCUUCCCUCGCGCAUGCGUACCUCCGCUCCGGGUUCAGCGUUCUCCAGAGGAUCUGCCUCACGCUCUCUUUUAAGCCCUUCCGCUCCGUUCCCGCGGCUGGUAGCGGAAGUGAACCUAGCUCAGAGAAGAAGACCGAAAAAACCCGAUUCGGGAAGGAAAAGUGGGGAUGCGCUUGGAUUGCGUUGCUGCUGCUGCAGUGGCGAGGAGUCCGAGCCGAGGAAGUGAAAAAAGAAUCUUUCCCCAAGCAGGGCGGCCGACAAUUUGGAAGAGGGAGGCACAAGGUUGCACAUUUUCAACAGCUGCCUAAGGAUGAAAAUGAAAUAAUGAUUCCUGUUCUAACUUCCAAAAAAGCAAGUGAAUUAGCAGUCAAUGAAGUGGCAAGCAUUCUUCAGGCUGAUAUUCAGAAUGGCUUGAAAAAUUGUGAAGUUUGCCAUAGAAGGGCCUUUCAUGGUUGGAAUGAAUUUGAUAUUACUGAAGAUGAACCACUAUGGAAAAAAUAUAUUUCUCAGUUUAAAAAUCCUCUGAUUAUGCUUCUCCUGGCUUCUGCAGUCAUCAGUGUUAUAAUGCAUCAAUUUGAUGAUGCCGUCAGUAUCACUGUGGCAAUACUUAUUGUUGUUACAGUUGCCUUCGUUCAGGAAUAUCGUUCUGAAAAAUCUCUUGAAGAAUUGAGUAAACUUGUACCUCCAGGAUGUCACUGUGUUCGAGAAGGAAAGGUAGAACAUACACUUGCAAGAGACUUAGUUCCUGGAGAUACUGUUUGCCUAUCAGUGGGUGAUAGAGUUCCUGCAGAUUUGCGCUUAUUUGAGGCAAUUGAUCUCUCUAUUGAUGAAUCGAGUUUGACAGGUGAGACAACUCCAUGUUCUAAAUGCACUUCUCCCCAACCAGCUGCUAUGAAUGGAGAUCUCACUUCAAGAAGCAACAUUGCUUUUAUGGGAACACUAGUUCGAUGUGGAAAAGCCAAGGGGAUAGUUAUUGGAACUGGUGAAAACUCUGAAUUUGGUGAGGUUUUCAAAAUGAUGCAAGCAGAAGAAGCACCAAAGACACCUUUACAAAGAAGCAUGGAUCUACUAGGGAAGCAGCUUUCCUUGUAUUCCUUUGGUAUAAUUGGAAUAAUUAUGUUAGUUGGUUGGUUGCAAGGAAAACAUAUUCUUGACAUGUUUACCAUUGGUGUCAGCUUAGCUGUUGCUGCCAUCCCGGAAGGUCUUCCAAUUGUUGUAACAGUAACAUUGGCUCUUGGUGUCAUGAGAAUGGUUAAGAAACAGGCCAUUGUGAAAAAAUUGCCAAUUGUUGAAACUUUAGGAUGUUGCAAUGUAAUUUGUUCAGAUAAAACUGGUACACUGACAAAAAAUGAAAUGACUGUAAUUCAUAUAUUCACAGCAGAUGGACUACAUGCUGAGGUUACUGGAGUGGGCUAUAAUAGAUUUGGGGAAGUCAUUGUUGAAGGUGACAUUGUCCAUGGAUUUAGCAAACCAUCUAUUGGCAGAAUUGUUGAGGCUGGGUGUGUGUGCAAUGAUGCUAUAAUUAGAAACAACACUUUAAUGGGGAAACCAACUGAAGGAGCCUUAAUUGCUCUUGCUAUGAAG